UCGUUUCCUGUGGCCGUGCAAGCAGCUCGUGUCACGCGCGGUGACACAUGCACGCGCGCAAACACCCCCGCCGUGGCUGUGAUGCGGUUCCAUUUUCAUCAGCGGGCGGACGGAGCGGGUCGUCAGGAAUAAUUGACAAACUCUCAGAGUUAAAGUUGUCGCCGCUUUUCAGGUCAAAAGCGACUUCUUCGUGAUAUCGGGGAACUUAUCACCUCUCACGCUGAGCUGAGCUGUGGAGGAGCAAAAAGGAGGAAAAGUAUGGAGUUUUUCCUCUGACAGCUGCGCCGCUGCAGACUGACAAACAUCAGUGACCGGGAGGUGAGCUGUCACCAUUCAUUCAGCUGCCUGUGAGUUUGCCCUGCUUUUCCCUCUGAUUUAUACUGUACCCUUAAACUAUAACUUUCUUGUCAAAAAAUGAAUAAAUCAAAGCUGUGGUUUAAAUCAUGCUGCAACUAUAGCCUGUGGAGAUGACAGAAUGUAUUGUUGGCUUGUGCAAACUGUCUAAACUGUCUGUUUCGUUAUAAAGUACAACAAUUAAUGGAUACAGACAAAAUGCCUGUUUACAGUAAACACAAACAAAAACCUGUAUUCAGCUAAAGAGAGCUGAAUAUAUCACGAACAUCCUUAGAUACACUGAACUCUUCUGUGAUAACAAAAAUGCAAAGUGAUGCUGCACAGCAAGCCAACUUAGUGAGUAUCUUUUCUAAUGUGCUAUGGGGGAAAAUGAUUCACUACUAUAUAACAACCACUUAAGCACGGUUGUUUGGUUCUGUUUCAAUUCAAAUCCUCAGUUUAAACAUUGUGGUCAAACUUUGAACUUUCUAACAAAAACAGUAUACAUAUUUCAAUCAUUUUAAUUCUAAAUCAAUGAAUAGUUUGAUCCAAAAUGUCCACAUGUCCAAAUGUCCAAAUGAAAAAACAACAGAAAAAGUAUUCAAAUGUGAAAUACCGAAGCUAGCAGUACACAGAAAUACACUAGAAGUGUUACCCAACUCCUUGAUUAGUCACAGUCCUAAAAAAAGCUGAACUUUAUAAAACCUAAUCAUUGUUUUGUGGAUUCAAUGUUUGAUUUUUUUUUAGUUGUGAUGUAACUUGAGUUAUAAAUCCAGAAGUUUUUUACUGCAACCAGUGAAGGCGUCCACUGUAUGCCUGUGUCCUCACAUUUAAACCUUAAGACCCUCCUCCUCUUCCUCCUCCUUGCAUAUGAGAGAAAGGAACAGCUGGAUGUGAGCUGGGCUUGAACUUGAUCCUUUCAGAUCAGCAGGUCCCAGAGGUCUGUUUCUGUCGCAGUCACAGGCUGCAGGGGGAAGCCCUUUAACUGUGCAGCUGUCCACGACCUGUACAUGAGGACUAAACACACACACUCAAAAAUACAGAACUGAUAUCCUUCAGCAGGUCUUCCAAGAACUCACAAUACGUCUCUGCUAUAGGUCUGGAGGAGAGGUGGUCUUGGGACUUACAAACAUAAACUCUAUUACAGCCAAACUCAAUGUUCUAUAGACUGGACUCCCUGCAGAAACAACAUCAGCUGAAUAUGAAGCCGGCCCUGUCAGAGGUCCUGGGACUGAGCCACAAAACACAGAACCCACAGUGUGUGUGUGUGUGUGUGUGUGUGUGUGUCUUAGUGAGGACUGGCAUAUGUAAGUGUUGGCCUGCUUGUGUACGCACGUGUGGAGACUUGUGCAUAUGUAGCCAAAUGUAGCUGUGUUUGGUGCAGACUGGUACAGUGAGGGCAUUGUGAGUGCUGGUUAAGGCCUCAUGGGAGGCGUGUGAAAACGCAGUAAAGAUGUCACUCUGCAGCUGGCACAGGACAGUGCUGAUGGACUGCUUACACUCACAGUCUUCCCUUUGUGUGUGUGUGUGUGUGUGUGUGUGUGUGUGUGUGUGUGUGUGUGUGUGUUGAAAAGACAGAAUGAAUCUUAUCCAGAGACAGUUUUUACACGCCAUGUGCCAGUAGUGGACCUGGACCACCUCACUGCCGCUGUAGCUCAGUUGCAUAACAGGAGAUAAGGCCAUUGCAGCUGGUUGGUUCCAGUGCUAAACUGAUUCAGAAUUAAACUCUCGUUGAGUUGAUGGAUUUGUGUAGAUGAAUCAUAAUACACCAGAGCCUGAAAUGACUUGUCGACCUUAAUAUGGGCCAACCUCAACUCAGAAGGCAGUAUCACCCUGUCGACUAGGUAUUACCUCAAGUGCCUCACCCAUCAUUCUUCCAUGCACGUUUUUGCAGAAUCUCCAUCAUUGGUUUUACAUUAUUCUUUUUAAAAUGCAUAAUUGCUUCUAGCCAUACCAUCCUGGUGUCAUCAGUAGACUUUUUGUCAGGUUUUAGAGAGCCCACAUCGGAGCAACCGCAACAGAACAUAUACAGCUGGGUUCGCGUGCCAGUGGUGCUUUUUAACUGGUGAAGUUUCCAUUCAUGUCUGAAUGUGAGGGGAAGCUGCAGAGGAAGAUGAUAUCUGCAUGUGUUUCGCCAAAAGAGUCACUUGGUGGUUGUUAAUGUAAACCUGCACAGGAGGAGAUCCAGGACUUUCAUUGCAGGUGUAUUUUGAAAUAGAAGCUUGAUGCCCUGUAUAAUGCCCUUGACCAUCAGGGUUGGAUACCACUUCAGCUUCAUGAUUUCAGGUACCAGUUCCACUUCUGCUUAUCCAUCUUGUCUCUUAUGGAUCCUUGGUUUUAGUUCCAUCAUUUUUGGAGGGUGAAACUGAGGCCUUUUGGGCCUUCAAAAUAGAAUAGAAUAGAAUAGAAUUCAACUACAAAGUACAAAGCAAUGAAAUACAGUUUGCAUCCAUCCAGAAGUGCUUAGCAAGAAUAAAUAUAUUUACAAAUGUACACAGUAUGAAGGAGAUAUAUACAUGAGUACACAACAUUGUUAUGAAUAUGUUAUAACUAUGAGUUUGUACAGGCUAUGGACAGAUUAUACAUAUGGUUAUAAAUAUGAAGGCUAUAAACAGACUAUAAAUAUAAGUAUAUGACAGAUAAAUUAUACAGUAGUGCAAUAUUGGAUGUAUUUACAGUAGUGCAAAUGAGGUCUGAAAGGUUUUAAGUUGGUUUACAGAUAUAAAGUGCAGGUAUAAUUGUUGAUAAUUGUAAGUGAACCAUCAGCAGUGUCAAGGAUUUUUCUUUUGACCUUCAUUUUAAAAAUACACAGGAUUUUCCUUUGCAGCAACAGAUCGACAAGAAAAAGUACAAACCAAAUCCCUUUAUAUUUGUAUUCAUGGAAAUGGUUCAUUUACUGUUAUAUAAAUGUAAACAUGUGCUCCAUUGUGUUGUGUACCUGAGCGUGACAAGAUGUACUGUAGGCACAGCUGCAACCACAACCUGGGGCAGCGGCACCUUCGUCACGAAAGCACACCACAUUACCACAGUACAUCAAAUUCAUGUAGACUUCCUCCCUUAUAGAACAAAUGUUGCACUUUAUUCUGUUUUAGUGAAGCACAGCUUAACUUUUGAUCACUUGCUGCUUUCUGUCACGAGCUUCUUCCCACAGCUUUGUUGACGUACUGCAACACAAGUGAUGUAAUUUUACGUCAGGAUGUGUCAAACUGUACAUUCAAACACACUGAUAUGAAUUUACUUCCUCUUCUGACUUUUCAAACUCAACGAAAUCCAAAUAACACAGAAUCAAAAAUCAACACAUUGUCUCUCACAAUGUCUGACUGUUCAUAUUUCACAACAGGACAAUUGUGUGUCUUGACAACAGUGCUGUGUGUUUGUAAGAGCAGUGCUGUGCUGCUUUGGUUCUUUUUUGUUCGGGCUCAGUGGUGGAAACUUCAGCGAUUUGAUGCAGAUUUGAAUUUUUCCUGUUGAGGUUGGUUUAGGAAUCAGUGUUUCAGAAGUAUUUCUUUCUACUAAUCCUGUCUCAGAGUCUGGCAGCGGCUGACCUCUCACAGUGCUGAUGACCGCCUGAAGGGUGGCAUGCCACACUGCCAUGUGAACUUAAAUGAAUGGCAUAAAAGCUUGAGUACAUGCAAACAAAUAUUCAUAAAAUACUGUGUAUAUACUAAAUAUUUGGGCACAAUUAGAACUGCACAAUUGACACUAAAACACUGUGUAAAUUCAGAAACCCUCAGUAUCACUCUGACAGGUAAAAGAUCAAUGUUAUGACUGAUAUGUGAAUAAUAACCGUGUGCUGAUGUUGUUUUAGUUAAAGGGUUUGCAUUUGCAUUCGAAUGUGACCCAGUCUCUUUCCAAAUCUGCAGUUACAGUAGCACUUUGAAUACCAAAUACACAUGGUGCAGUUAGAACUGAACUCAUAUUUGGUAUAACGACCAAACUUGUCAUCAGUUCCCCCUUAUGUAGAGCUGGACUUGUUUGUUUUCUUGUCCUGUAGCUUUUAUAGCGAGGAAGUGACCAUGUGCUUUUCCUUUUCUCUCCACAGGAUGACAGACCGGCCCUGCAGCCGAGCAUCCUGACUGUCUCUGCCUCCGCUUGUGAGUCCAAAUGUCCACAAUGACUCGGAGGGGACUUGAGUGGCGAAUCCCCUGCUGACACUUAGGAGCGGCAGUUUUCUUCUCUGACUGUCACCUUUCCUGACAACUUCGGUGUUAUCCCUUUUCUCCAGAGCCCCCUCCCUGUUGAAUUUGUCACCAUGGCUAGUCUGGUGCUUAAUGAGACCGGAAUGGAGGACUGUGGGAUCGAUGACUCCUUCAAGUACGACUUGUACUCGGUGGUCUACAGUGUGGUCUUCGUCUUAGGACUGAUCACAAACUGCGCUGCCCUUUUUGUGUUCUGCUUCAGGAUGAAGAUGCGCAAUGAGACCACAAUGUUUAUGACUAAUUUAGCGUUAUCAGAUUUAGUAUUUGUCUUUACGCUGCCAUUUAAAGUCUUCUACAACGUGAACCGCCAUUGGCCAUUCGGAGAUGAACUGUGUAAGGUAUCAGGAACAGCCUUUAUCACCAACAUCUACGGCAGCAUGCUCUUCCUCACCUGCAUCAGCGUAGACCGCUUCCUGGCGAUAGUCUACCCUUUCCGCUCCCGCUCCAUCCGCACUCGGAGGAACGCAGCCCUGGUGUGUGCCGCCGUGUGGCUGACCAUUGUGGGAGGAGGAAUAUCAGUGACUUUCUUCUCCACCAUUAACAGCUCAAAAAGAGCUACGACGUGCUUUGAGGGCUUCUCCAAAAGCACCUGGAAGACCUACCUGUCCAAAAUUACCAUCUUUAUUGAGGUGAGUGAGAGGAGGCAGCCUCUGGUAUCACACACAUCUACACCAUUCGUGCUUUUAUUAUUCAUCUUAGCAGUUACAAAGCAGUGGAGCUUCUGAAGUGGGUUGAGAUUUUUAAUUACUUCUGUCUAUUUUCCAGAUUGUGGGCUUUCUUAUCCCCCUCCUGGCAAACUUGGUGUGUUCCUCGCUUGUCCUGCGGACAUUACGGCGUCCAGUAACUGUAGGUCAUGGCUGUGACAGUAAGAGACGUGUCCUGAGGAUGAUUUUGGUCCAUUUGGCCAUUUUUAUCAUCUGCUUUGUCCCCUAUAACUCUAUCCUCUUUCUGUAUGCCCUGGUGCGGACCCAGGCCCUGGCUAGCUGCGCUAUAGAGCGCUUUGCCCGGACUCUUUACCCAAUCACCUUGUGCCUGGCCAGUCUGAACUGCUGCCUGGACCCUGUCGUCUACUACUUCACCUCAGAGAGCUUCCAGAAAAGCUUGACCAUGGGAGGUAAAGGGCCCGGCUCUCGUCCUGAGAGCAUCCCACGAAGUGACACUGAGGGCCAGAACACAGCAAACACCCUUCCCACAGACACACACACUCUGGCCAGCAAUGGAAAAGACUCAAAGACAGCAGAGAGUCAGCUCUGACUCAGCAGGGAAAAAGGAAGGUAAAGAAGGACACGCUGAGUUUGACAGGAGCCCUGAAUUGGAAAAAUAAAGCGAUCAGCUGUUGGGUCCUGGAAGUGACAAACACAUAACUCAGCAGAUUAGUUAAGUCCUGAGGUAAGUCCUGAGGUAUGGCCUGGGCUUUACGGAUUAAUCCACCACUGGAGAGCAGAGGAAUGCAUCUAUGUGUGUUUAUUAUCAGAGACCCAGUCACACCAGGACCAUUGUCCAGAGACAGGCAGAGUCUCUGCACGAGACUCCAACUCAUCGUCACUCAGGCUUAACACACACAAGCCCUCGCUGGAGCAAUGCAUGUGGAUCAGAUGGAGAUCUCUGUCCAUGUCAGUGAAAUAUGCUGUUAAGAACUUUUGUAACACAUUGAGCCCAUAGUUUUAGUGUCAUAAAGUUCAAGUUUUCACUGAAUGUUAUAUGAUUUUAGUAAUUCAUGUUUUGACACACUUGAACGUGCUGAGACUUGUUAUUACAGCACAGAUGCCGCUGACCUGCCUGAAUCUGAGUUUAAUGCGUCUCAUGUUGGAAUUUGAGGCCAUUAAAUGUCUGUUUUGAACUGCUGUCCUGCCUGCAUGAUUAUUUCUGUCUGAUUUUGUUUUGAACUUCACAUUUUGUCGAUGUGACCCUAAAAAGAAAAAACUCAUGGAGGAGUUUUUCUUCACCCUUUCUGUCUUUUAUGAGAGCAACCAGAGGGUCCUUAUAAGCGGAGGGCAGCUCUUAUCCAUUAGAGGACCUUGGCCUGAGUGCUGUGUCACAGGCCAAAUGCUUAUUAUGACUGGAGCAAUGGUCCAUUGUUUGCUUCUGAAUGAGCUCUCUCUGUCUUAAUCUGGCCUUAGACUGCAGAUCUGCUCAAAGUCUCAGCAAUGUGCACACACUCCAAAGUAGCAGUGAACUCUGUUAAACUAAAUUCCCUUAAACCAUCCUGUUACAUCGCACGAGAUGCAAAACAGUAAUGUCAGCAGAUCCAGACGAUUGCUUAGUUUGCAUGUAUGCAUUAAUAUGUGAUUUUUGGAUGUUUAUAUUUUAAGCUCUUCACCAUCUUAUCAUACAGGACCUCAUUGAGGAUUGAGACUAGGACUGGGCGAUAAACCGAAAAUUUACUGAUACUGAAAUUUAGGACAAUAACCGACGGCAUUUUGCCCAUGUCAAUAUGUUCGGUGUCAAAAUAAAUAGAUAAAUAAAAGUUUGUUUUGGAUGUGUGUAGGUACGCUAUGGUCUUAAGUCCCUUUAAGACGCUGUCCUACAUCAGAGACAUGACUCCACCCCAUCCAGUCCGUAACAAAGAGGGAAAGACAGGUGAGGAGAUGGAGGACAGUUCAAAAGUUGUUCAAAAGUUGCUUAAGUAGACGAAGUUAAUGUGGGAGGGGGUUAGCAGCUUGUGGAGUGGUUAUGGUCCAUUUAUUGUUAUUGAGGUGGACUGCUCAAUAUAUUUUGAUAUUGAUUUGAGGCCAUAUCGCCCAGCCCUAAUUGAGACCCAAUUACAUGGACAUGUUAAACAUCCGAAUCAAGGUAAAACUUAACUGAAAAGAGCAAUUAAAGUAGAUGUCUGUCUGCCCAUCUGUUUCAUAAUUAGUGACAUAACUGUGCAAAUUUGCAUCCUUUCCUGUGACAGAGAGCUAGACAGUCCAAACUGGUGGAAGCUUUUGUAACUUAAUAGCCUUGUUGCACAAUCUAUAAUUAAUUAAUUCAGCCUUUCCUCCGUCAGAGCCUGGACUUAACCUGGACAACAAAAGAGCAGUUGUUUGCAAAUUGUUGUGAAACAGAAGUCGAUGGUGUAAGUAUUACUUCAAAAAUAACCUUAAAAAAAACAGACUUUCAAACAAAAAGACAAAACACUAUAAAGAACAGCAAAGUCAAGAAAAGUGUGUAAGGACGGUGCUGCAUAUUUAUUUCUGGAUAUUGCUGGACAGGAGUACUAACCCGAGGUAUUGGGUCUGGAACAUCAUGUUUAUACAAGCUGUAACCUCGUUUUUUACUAUGCUUUCAAAGUUACAGAUGUGUGGUUAUACUUUUCUCCAUACUGAAUUACUAUUUUGAACACAGAAGGACAAAAAGGCUUAUAAACAAAUUUUAUCCUCUGGAAAGGACCUUGUUCAUCUGCCAGGCUACUCUGGAGGGGUGAUUGAUGUAACCAUCUGCAGAGACAGAGAGACAACAGUAGAUGGAUUCAGGGAUUUGGGGUCAAGAGGAGUAGAGAGGAGGUCUAAUAUGAUACUGCAGAGCAGGAAAUAAGAGGAGUUGAAGUGCAGAAAAUGUGCAUGAGCCGGCCAUCAUCUGUUGAGUGCCUCAUGUCAAGAAUGUGCCGAUAUAUUGCAACAGAGGACACUCAAAUGUGCUUUUUAAGUUGCAGCGUGUCCUCUGUGUAUGAGCGGGAAGGGGUGCGUACUGCAGUUCAGUGAAGUGUAGAUAUUAACCUGUCCUGACCUCUAAUGGUCAUAAGCUAGAACAACAACUUGAAAAAAAUAGACUGGUGACCACUAACUGUCACUGGUGUGGAGCUUUGCAUCAGACAAUGUCUGUGUCUCAUUUCAGAGACCGCAUCGGGCUAAGUGCACUUCUGCACCGUCGAACGGUGCAUUUGAAGCGUGCAUGACGUCACGACGGCGCGAACUGUGUCCCGUUUGGCACGAGAUGCUAAGAAAUGCUAAGCGCGCUUAGCAUGUUUUUAAGCGUGCAUUUAUGCACGCUUUCGUGCCGUCGGUAUCCCAGAAUGCUUUGCGUGCCGCUGCACAGCUGUGCAUUACAGGUGAGAGGCUGGACUCGCUUGGAGACGUCUUCAAAGAAAAUAAAAGAAAUCCGAAAACAGCAGACAGGUCAGCUUUGUGGUUUCUGAAGAAACAAUCAAACUGAUGAUGAUCAACAUUUGUGAUCCAGAGGGAGUCGAGCUCCGAUGAGCACCACAUCUCUGACACCGGCGGUAGCCUACACCUGCAGGAGCAGCUGUUCCCAAAAACCUUCUAUCAAAGUUCCUUUGAGUCAGAUUUUUCCUUCCUGAGCCCAGAAUUCUCAGGGUCCUAUGUUCUUGAGUUCCUGUGUUCCCAGAUUCUUAAAUUCCUGGGGUCCUCAGGGUCCUAUAAUCCUAGAGCUUUAUGAUACUUGGGUUCUACAUUCUGAUUCCCUGUGCAACCAGGAUCAUUUGAUCCCAGGGUUCUUCCAUCAAGCAUUCAAUCCAACGGUCCUACUCUGGAGGUCCUCAGGUUUCUAUGAUAUCAAGGUGUUGUGAACCAAGGGUCUUGGGAUUCUUUGGUCUCCCUAGAUCUUCAAGGACCGGUGACUUAGGUCCUUUGUUGCCUAAAGCUGAAAACAUACAGGAUCCGUGUUGAGCGCAUUCUAUUAGUAUUGCGUAUCUGCUCCAUCGAGCAGCACUGUCUACUGCCCAUAGACAGAAACGACACGCCCCCACCAGGUUGUUUUUCCUUUCUGUGGUCUAUUUCCUUCUAAUUUGGAUAUAAUUCAGUGACUGUUGAGCCUCUAGUAUAUGUGAAAACACAACAUGAUUUUACAGUUUCGGUUUUCGCCAGUUUACAUGUGUUUAAUAAAGUAAACCAUGUUCCUUUCUGCUGUGCUGUUACCUUCAGACAGAGUUAGCAGUUCAAAGUCCUUUUGGGGUCCACAUGGAUCAGGGAUUGACCAUCAGAUUGUUCUGUGUUAUUGAUUAAUCCAGAACCAGGAAGUAUUUUUCAUCGACAUGAACUGAUACACAGUUGGGAGCAUAUGAUGUUUUAUUUUGAAAUUUACCAGAUGACAUGCCAGUUUUCGUGCUUGACAUCCUGUCGAGAACGAUCCUCUCUGUGUAGAUUGACACUUAUUGGAAGCGUAGAGCAAAGAAAAAAGACUUGGUGCUUAUCUUUAGCAGAGCAGCGCUCGACCAUUUCUGAGACAGAGCUGCGACACGUCCUGCGUGCGAUGCUUCACUGAUUACAAUGGGAACCUAUUUGCUGUGUGACGCGACGCUGACGGAACGCGCGCAACACUGAUCCUGUAUGUUUUAGGCUUAAGUCCUUAGGGCCGGCUAACCCCAGGGUCCUGCACGAUUUUUUAAACCCACCAUGUUUUCGGAGCAUCUUUUGACCACAUCUUUUUUACUGAAUUCCUGAUGUCGUAUUUCCGGGAACGUUUGUUUGAGGUCCUCAGGGUUCCACUAAACAACCCACCAAACACCUGACGUCAUUUCAACGUCUUUUUUCAGGCUAAAUCACGUCGGCUGACAUCAAAAUCUGGGCUACAUUUAGAUGGUCAGAGUCAGAGUGAGAGAUGACAGAGUCACAAGACAGAAACCACUGCUGAACAAAUGUACAUUAAGGCUCGUCUCAAUUUUGCCAGAGAACUGAUUUUAAAAGUGUUCACGUCUGAUUUUAAAACUUUCUAACCUACUGUGCAUGUUAUCAAAAUAAAAAACUGACCUCCAGAGAAAAGUCUUUGAUUCCAUUUAAACAAAACUUUAUUUAAAAACAGAGUCAAGUUGACAAGUUUUACCAAACACAAUCACGGUAUUUCACUGUCAGAGAGUUAUUAACUCAGACAAAAUAUGUGAAAAGUUAGUUAUAUGUGUAAUACAAAUGCAAAAAAACAUGGAGCAGAGAGAGGAAUAAAGCAUGACAGAAAAAUGAACAAAAUAAAGACAAAGCAAUAUGAGCAAAAUAGAAUAUGUGCAUCCAAAAAGAUGACAUUUAAGACAAGCUUUGCUUACAGAGUGAGUUUGGUGGAGGUAGAGAUGAAAAACCAGCUGGGGAAAAAUAUUGAAGGAAAAAAACCCCAGUGGACAAAAAGCUCUCUACAUGCUGUCACAGUUUCAGCCUCCAUUUAACAAAGUUUAAGCCAUAAAUGAAGCUCAGAUUAAACAUUUAGUUUUACAAAUAUAAUGAGAAAUCAAAUUCAGUACAACACAAAAACCACCUGGUUACAAUUGUAAGAAGACGCUACUAGCUGUAGAUCUUACAGGUUUGCACCAAAGAAACUCAAAUGUUAGCAAGUUUAACAACACAUCAUCUGGUCAAACAGAUGAAUAAUUUAUAAUAGAUUCAGCAGUACAGAACUAUUCUCUAUGACCCUUGUGUCACAGACAGGUCAUCCAUCUUCAUCACUGGGUCCUCAGUCGAGACUCGAGUAUCCUCCUGUGAAUGAAGAAAACAGUCAUGAGUGAAUAUUCUGCCUCGUUUUCAUUUAGUUUUCUAUCAGUCAGAAAAGGUCUCAGUGAUAAUCCUAUAAUGUCAAUAAUACUGAUAAUGUCAGCGAUAUAAAGGUGGAGGAGAUCUAUAAAGUGACAGUGACAUAGCAAAGCUUGCACUCUUCAUGGGUUGUGGAGGUUUAUCUGUGCCCAUCAAGUAAAAACAUCCAACUAUCAUCAUCUUAACGGACUCAUCUGUUAGAAGGAUUUGAGACAGCUGCUCAUGUGUGCUCCUCAAAGUAGAGCCUGAAAGAGAGAGGCGCACUCACCAUGUCCUGAGUAAGGGUUUUCUGGACGAGGUUGAAGGUCUACGGGCUCACAGUGAGACAGGAAGUCCGCCUGCAGGGUGGUGACUACAGAAGGCAGACAGGGAUGAGAUCCAGUUAGUGGACUAUUUACAUCAAUUUAUCACCAUAAAACUUUGACUGAAACAAGCAAGACCACUCGCAAAGAUUGACUUACCUCUAAUCAGGGGACCAAGUCUUCGUCUUCCUUUUUUCAGCCGGGUCCUGGAGCAAGAGGGGGUCAUCGACGUCUCGGUGUAGUCCUAAAACAAAAGGACAAAUUUAUUCUUUAGACCGGCACAUUUUUUAAACCUAUAAGUGAAUCAUUAUCUCUGUUUUAUGUACCGGUUUCUCGGGGAUGGUGCCCACGGCAUCUGGUGGAGUCCGAUGGUGUCAAGGGGCAGGUUUCUGUGCUGGUGCAGACUUCAGUUAAAGGGGUCCUGAAUGAAGAAGAUCUGUCCCUCAAAGUGGGCAAAGCACUGGUGUUUGGGAGAGAUUAAAAUUGGUAGAGAUUAGAAAAUCUGGAUGCAUCAGAUAAAACCAGGUUCCUUUUGUAGGUGGUGGAAUCUGUACUCCAUGCUCACCUGUAACCCAGUAUGCAGGAGCUCAGAGUCCAGCAGGUGAUGGGGUCUGCCAGGGUCUUCCUGGAUGUAGACUGUAACAACACAAGAUAGAUUUUGGAGAAGCAGAAAGAUGGGUCACUACAUUGGAAACAAACUUUAAAGAUUCAACAGACAGAUUUAAAAUCAAUUUUCUCUUGGGCGUCUACAAACCCCCAGAAAAGCUGGAGUGUUUGGACCUCGGUGAAAACAACUACAAGAACUUUGAAAAGUUUCUCAAAAUCAUUAAAAGAGAACUUCAGAAACCUUCAGCUUGACGGUGACUCUUAAAAACUUCCCAGUCUGGAUGGAGGAGCAGCUCAUCGGGGUGGGGCAGCAUCAGAUCCUCCCAGGACCUGGUGGUGGUCAGCACAUCCAACACCACGGCUCGACACCUCCGUCAUGUUUAGGGGAAAAGCAGAGACAUACAUGUGCAGCCAAAGGGAGGCAUAAAAACCUCGUACAGAAUAACAGGACACAAAAAACCAUGACAAGUACAGAUCUCAGAUUUUCACAGAGACUGGAGGGUCAAAAAGAAACAAAACAAACAGAAGACGAAAAAAACAAAAAGAAAACAAACAUCUCAGAUUUUUACAGAGACUGGAGGGUCAAAAAAGAAACAAAAAAACAUUUUAUGGUUACAGUUCAUUGUCCCCCUCAUUAUAGUUGAAGCUGUAAGAGACGUUGGUGAGGCCUGAAGUUGUAGUUGAUGUUGAGGUUGUCCUUGUUGAGUUGGUUUCCUUUUGGAGAACUGAGUGAACUUUGCCGAUUUGUUGUUUCCUUAAGAGUUGUUGUUUUGCUUUUUGGAUUUUGUUGUUUUAGUGGUGGGCUCAGCAAGUAUUUGGUAAAACUUGCAACUGACAUUUUUUUUGACAUUUUCAUGCCAACCAAGUUUCAUGAAAACAGAAAUAACCUUUUUAAAGUCAUAAAACCCUUUUAACCUUGAGUGAUGCUGAACCAUUCUCCGGUUGGUUGUGAAUUUUCUUUUUUGGUUUGGUUUUUAUUUAGUGUUUUUGGCAUUCCUUGAUUAAUUGACUGUUGUCAUUAAACUUUUGAGUUAAAACCACCUUUUGUACCUUGUUGGUGGUUUUCCCUUUUGUCAUUGAAAGCACCAUUUAAACCUUGUAUUACCAUUGUGUCCCUGUGAGCACCAUUUAAACCUUGAUGAUUUGUCCUUUUGUCAUUGACAGCACCAUUUAAACCUUUUUGUUGUGUCAUUGAAAGCACCAUUUAAACCUUGUUUGUGUUACCAUCAUGUCCCUGAAAGCACCUCAUGAACCUUGUUGUCUGUUUCCAUAUUGUCUUUGAACGCAUCGUUGUGAACCUUGUUGGUUUGUGGUUGUGUGGCUGAAAACACUUUUUAAACCUUGUUUUCGGUUUGAUUGUUGUGCUUUUGAUUGUUGAACCUCGUGGUGUUGCAUCUUUGCAUCUGAGUAUGAUGACUGUUUCAGCCGUUGUGUUUCAAUAGAGACAUUCACCUACCUUUUUGAUAAAAUAACCCACCUUAUGGCUGAAAUGUUUUUAUCGACUGGGACGUCGGACACACUUCUCCAGCUGGGCUCUUUUCUAGAGGACAUCAGGACUUGUUUCUGAAAAAUAACAUAAAACUAUGUCUUUACAGGCACAGAAAAUGAGUAUGAUUGUUACAGACAGAAACACACAAAUCUGUACAGUUAAACAUCAGAAAAGCCUGCAGCAUCACUUAAGAGCUAAUAUUCUCCUGCAUCCACAUCCUUGAGUCACCUGAAAACAACAGAGUACUCACAAAAUACACAGCUGUUGCAUCACCAACUGGUUUUCGAAGAGAGGUUAUAGUCACGACAUUGGAAACACUGGCCCAGCCUUACAUGUUAUCAACAUAAAAACAGGCAUAGAUCAAGCUUUGGUGGGCCUUAACUUUGGUAGAACAGCUGAGGCACACCCACGUCGCAUUGCGCCUUUGUGAAAACGAUUUAAUAACCAGAGAAAAGUUGUUUCUGGAGUUCAAGCAUUCAGACUUUUGGGUGACAAUAGGACAGUGUGUUAAGUGGUGUUCCCUGUCACAUCUUACCUGCAGCACAAGGAUGCCCGACUUCGUCUCUUAGAGGUGAUCUAGAUCCUUCCUGAAGAUGUUGGUGGUUGCCAAGUUCAACACUGAAGAUGCUCACUUCUGUGAUGGUUGGGGAAAAGGAGAGAGACACACAUACAAAUGCAGAAAAUACUUGACUUAAAAACAGUGAUGGUGAGGUGCAGCAUUAGAAAAUCUGUUUGAAACUGAAUAUGGAUGAAGUUAUCAGAAUGCAGGACCUGGUUUCUUACAUGCUUUCUUGUGGUUACUUUGGUGAAAACAUACUGUUACCACAAUGAAAAGUUCAUCUUACCUUCAACAAGAUGACCACCCUUGGAUUUCCCGGACGGAACAGGAAGGCGGCGCUUUGAGUUUCUGCAGCAACAGUUCCUCCAGAAAAAGAGUGGUCACCGCGUCAGACCUGCUUAUGUUCGGAGGAAAGCAGAGACAUACAAAUGCACCCAAAGAAACAUGGCCAAACACACAGCAAAUAAGUUAAAAAAAUAAAUAAAUAAAAAAAAUGUACAACACAUGCAAAUCAUGACAAGCACAGUUCAGGAUUCCAUUUCAGAGAUUCAAAAGGUUCACAAAAAUACAAAGAAUAAAUAAAAAUACGAAAAACUACAGUUUUAACAAAAACAGUUGGAGGAUCUACACAGUUUGUUUAUUGUCCUCGUUCUGUUUAGUGUUGACAGUUACAUCUUAUAGAAACAAUGUGCAAACGUUGCUGUCUUGUCAUUGUUUCCGUUGGAUCCUUUGGAAGCACUUUGACGGUUGUUGCGAUGUUGGUGGUUUUGAAACUUAGUUUUGGUUGAUAGUGAUUUUGCUGAAGUUGCUUUGACAGACCUUUUGAGAGCAGACUUUUAACAUACCGUCUUUGCUUGUUUUAAGAACCAGUUUUUUUAAGCACCUUUUAGACCUUGUAUUUUGGAUUUAAGAUCAAGGCCUUGGAAGCACCUUUAAAAACUUUUUUGGGGUUUGAGGUAAAGUAUUUGAAAGCACCGUUUUGAAGCUUUUUUGGUUCGAGACUAAGGCUUUGAAAACACCUUAAAAAUUUUUUGUUUAAAAUCAAAUCUUUGAAAGCACCUUUCAAACCUUUUGUUUGUUUGCGAUCAAUCCUUGAAAAGCAACUUUUGAGCCCUUUUUUGUUUGAGAACAAGUCUUUGAAAGCACCUUUUUUGAAGCCUUUUUUUUAGAACAAGUCUUUGAAAGAACCUUUUUAGAACCUUGUUUCUGGGUUUGAGAUCAAGUCUUUUAAAGCACCUUUUAAGAACUUUGAAUUUGGUUUGAGAUCAAGUUUUUGAAAGCACCUUUUGAACCUAUUUUGGUUUUUGGUUUGAGAUCAAGAUUUUUUAAGCACCUUUCAAACCUUUUUUUGGCUUGAGAUCAAGUUUUUAAAAAGCACCUUUUUUUUUUUAAAUCAUACCUUGAAAAGCACCUUCUGAACCAUGUUUCUGGGUUUGAGAACAAGUCUUUGAAAGCACCUUUUGAACCUUUUUUGUUUGAGAACAAGUCUUUGAAAGCACCUUUUGAACCUUUUUGUUUGAGAACAAGUCUUUGAAAGCACCUUUUGAACCAUGUUUCUGGGUUUGAGAUCACGUCUUCAAAAGCAUCCUUUGGACCUUGUUUUAGGUUUGAGAUCAAGUUUUUUAAAGCACCUUUUGGACCUUGUAUUUGGUUUGAGAUAAAGAUUUUGAAAGCACCUUUCAAGCCUUUUUUGAUUUGAGAUAGUUUUUGAAAAGCACCUUUUUAGAAUAUUUUUUUGUUUUGAAAUCAUACCUUGGAAAGCACCUUCUGAACCAUGUUUCUGAGUUUAAGAACAAGUCUUUUGAAAGCACCUCUUUUAAACCCUUUUUGUUUGAGAAUAAGUCUUUGUAAGCACAUUUUAAACCCUUUUGUUUGAGAACAAGUCUUUGGAAAGCACCUUUGGAACCAUGUUUCUGGGUUUGAGAUCACGUCUUUUUAAAACACCUUUUUAGAACCUUGUUUUUGGUUUGGAUCAAGUUUUUCAAAGCACCUUUUGGACCUUGUAUUUGGUAAGAGAUAAAGAUUUUGAAAGCAUCUUUCAAGCCUUUUUUGUUUUGAAAUCAAGUUUUUAAUAAGGACCUUUCUAGAAAAUUUUUUUGUUUUGAAAUCAUACCUUUUGAAAGCACCUUUUUAGAAUAUUUUUUUUGUUUUGAAAUCAUACCUUUGAAAGCACCUUCUGAACCAUGUUUCUGAGUUUAAGAACAAGACUUUUAAAAGCACCUUUUUAAAACCCUUUUGUCUGAGAACAAGUCUUUGAAAGCACCUUUCAAACCUUUUUUUGAUAUCAAGUCUUUGAAUGCAACUUUGGAACCUUGUUUUUUGGUUUGAAAUCAAGUCUUUUGAAAGCACCUUGAGAACCUAUUUCUGAACCAUGUUUCUGGACUUGAGAUCAAGUUUUUGAAAACAACCCUCAAACCUCUGAGUUUGAAAUCAAGAUGAUCACAUCUAAAAACAAGGUGUUCACUUUCCCUCAGAGAGAUGACCAACCUUACAGCAAAAGCCAUGUCAAUGUUGUCCCGCUGUUCUUGAAGUUCUUGAAGUUCUCGUUGUCCUUCUUGUAGUUCCUCUGGAUCUGUUGGUAUUAAUUCUUGAGGUUUUUGCAGUUUUAACAUUAGCAUGAUCCUGAUACUAUGAAAGAAUAGGAGAUUAACAGGACAAAUCAAUAAAGCACAGUCGAAUACUGUGCACUUGACAAGUUUAGCUGGGUUCAUUUUCAGCAUAGUUAUCCUUACAGUUUUGACAGCUGUUACUGCCACAUCAUCAAAGUUAACAUUACUGUUUUUUUGUUUUCAUGUCACUCCAGAGUAAAACAAACAUUUUAUCAUUAGGGUUUUUUUGGAGUGUGAUCAUCAUAUUGAAGUCAAAUGUAAAAGGAAAAAAAACAGACUCAGUCCUGUUCAGAGGUUUGGGCGUUGACACACGAGGUCCACAUCAGGUCUUCUUCUACUCCUUUGGUUCUUCUGAAUGGUCUUCUUGUUCUCCGUGACAGUGCUGCUAAGAAAAAGCUUUGAUUGUCUGGUUUAUGCCAUUUUUGACUGAGUAGAGGCAAUUUAUUUUUAGGCUUGAAGGUGCUCUUGUUAGAUUAGGUGCUUUUGUCAAAUUAAAAAGGUGCUUUUGUCAAACUAAAAAGGUGCUUUUGUCAAAUUAAAAGUGCUUUUGACACACCUUUUGAGACCAGACCUUUAACAUACUGUCUUUACUUGAUCAAGAACCAGCUUUUGAAAGAAACCUUUCAAACCUUGUUUUUUGUUUUUUAGAUCAAGUCUUUCGAAGCAACUUUUACAAAUCUUUGUAGAGCUUGAAAUCAAGUCUUUGAAAGCAUGUUGAGAACCUAUUUCUGGGUUUGGAUCAAGUCAUGAAAAGCAACCUUUUGAACCUUGUUUCUGGAUUUGAGAUCAAGUUUUGGAAAACACCCCUCAAACCUUUUUUUUUUAGUUUUAAAUCAAGAUGAUCACAUCCACAAACAAGGAGAUGUUCACCUACCCUCAGAAAGAUGACCAACCUUACAGCAAAAGCCAUGUCAACGUUGUCAUGCUGUUCUUGAAGUUCUUGUUGUCCUUCUUGUAGUUCCUCUGGAUCUUGUCUUAACUUUUGAGGUUUUUGCAGUUUCAACAUUAGCAUGAUCUCUAAUACUAUUCAAGAAUUGAAGUUUAGUCUCAAAAUAAAGCACAGCAAAAUACUGUGCACUAGAGUUUAGCAGGGUUUGUUUUCAGUCUAAUUAUCCUUACAACAGCCUUGAAUCCCUAUCUUUGUAACAGCCACUGCGGCUCCUGUUUCAAUCAUUAACAUUACUGGGUUUUCAUUUUUGUUGUCAUUCAUUUCAAGAGUGUCAAAAUAAAGCACAGCAAAAUACUGUGCACUAGAGUUUAGCAGGGUUUGUUUCAGUCUAAUUAUCCUUACUGGGUUUUCAUUUUUGUUGUCAUUCAUUUCAAGAGUGUCAAAAUAAAGCACAGCAAAAUACUGUGCACUAGAGUUUAGCAGGGUUUGUUUCAGUCUAAUUAUCCUUACAACAGCCUUGAAUCCUUAUCUUUGUAACAGCCACUGUAAUUAACAUUACUGGGUUUUCAUUUUCAUAGUCACUCAUUUUCAAGAGUGUCAAAAUAAAGCACAGCAAAAUACUGUGCACUAGAGUUUAGCAGGGUUUGUUUCAGUCUAAUUAUCCUUACUGGGUUUUCAUUUUUGUUGUCAUUCAUUUCAAGAGUGUCAAAAUAAAGCACAGCAAAAUACUGUGCACUAGAGUUUAGCAGGGUUUGUUUUCAGUCUAAUUAUCCUUACAACAGCCUUGAAUCCCUAUCUUUGUAACAGCCACUGCGGCUCCUGUUUCAAUCAUUAACAUUACUGGGUUUUCAUUUUUGUUGUCAUUCAUUUCAAGAGUGUCAAAAUAAAGCACAGCAAAAUACUGUGCACUAGAGUUUAGCAGGGUUUGUUUCAGUCUAAUUAUCCUUACUGGGUUUUCAUUUUUGUUGUCAUUCAUUUCAAGAGUGUCAAAAUAAAGCACAGCAAAAUACUGUGCACUAGAGUUUAGCAGGGUUUGUUUCAGUCUAAUUAUCCUUACAACAGCCUUGAAUCCUUAUCUUUGUAACAGCCACUGUAAUUAACAUUACUGGGUUUUCAUUUUCAUAGUCACUCAUUUUAAGAGUGAAAACAACAGUUUUAAUACAAAUUAGGGAAAAAUAAAAGCAGUAUGAAAAAUUCAACCUGGUUGAUGUCCUUCAAACGGGUCUGUGCAUUGGGCAUCCAUCCCUCGUUGAAGAUCUUCACACCUUUUGAGAUCUUAUAUCUUCAGGUUGUACUUGCUGCGUUAGCUCACAGCACUAUGCACAAUUUACAAUCAAUAGAAAUGCUUAACUGGUCUACAAGGUCAAAAUAAAGCACAGCAAAAUACUGUGCACUAGCGUUUAGCAGGGUUUGUUUCAGUCUAAUUAUCCUUACUGGGUUUUCAUUUUUGUUGUCAUUCAUUUCAAGAGUGUCAAAAUAAAGCACAGCAAAAUACUGUGCACUAGAGUUUAGCAGGGUUUGUUUCAGUCUAAUUAUCCUUACUGGGUUUUCAUUUUUGUUGUCAUUCAUUUCAAGAGUGUCAAAAUAAAGCACAGCAAAAUACUGUGCACUAGAGUUUAGCAGGGUUUGUUUCAGUCUAAUUAUCCUUACUGGGUUUUCAUUUUUGUUGUCAUUCAUUUCAAGAGUGUCAAAAUAAAGCACAGCAAAAUACUGUGCACUUGAGUUUAGCAGGGUUUGUUUCAGUCUAAUUAUCCUUACAACAGCCUUGAAUCCUUAUCUUUGUAACAGCCACUGUAAUUAAAAUUACUGGGUUUUCAUUUUCAUAAUCACUCAUUUUAAGAGUGAAAACAACAGUUUUAAUACAAAUUAGGGAAAAAAAACAAGCAGUAUGAAAAAUUCAACCUGGUUGAUGUCCUUCAAACGGGUCUGUGCAUUGGGCAUCCAUCCCUCGUUGAAGAUCUUCACACCUUUCGGAGGUCUUCUUAUAUCUUCAUUUUCUUCUUUGACCAAAAGCACGUCAGGAAAUGUGAGGUAGUUUGGGGCGAUGAGGAGGAGUAUCCACUUGGGCAGAGAAACGCUUGCCGAAAUCAGACCUAAUCCUUGUGACGCAUCCCGACUAUUUAAAAGCUUCCCUCAGGAAGUUAAAUUUUAAUUCGAGUGAACUCUCAUUUUUGUUUUGGUAAAUUUGUUGAUUCACACGUUUUUGAGGACCUAGUUGCUAUUUUGUUCAAUUAAAUCUGAUAGUAGACUUGUUUUGGGGGUCUAUAUUGCUGCACUGGUUGAUCGUUAAUGGUGGGGAUUCUUGUUUUUGUGGUUUUAGAAGAGAACAGUUUCUCUCCACAAUUGCGUCACCAAAACAGAGCAAAACUAGACAAAAAUCUGCUUCUCUGGAAGAGAACAACUUCUCUCCACAAUUGCAUCACCAAUUGCAGCAGACCAAAACUAGACCAAAACCUGCAACCCCAGAAGAGAACACUUUCUCUCCACAAUUGCAUCACCAAA